AUGGUUCUCGCUGUUAUGGAUCCACAACUGUGCCACCCAGCACGCAACGUCACCUACAUUACACAGGUCUAUUGGUUGAUCCGCUUACAGUAUUGGACGAUACGCGUUGCCAGUGCAACAAAAUGGAGUUGA